AGGGCCAGGCGCAAAUUAGGGUAUCCGGCAUGCCGUGGCAGGUGGUCAAUUUUGCCUACUCCGGCGCGACUUGCGACAAUGUCAACUUUCCAAGACCGGUGCCCGAGUGAGUCCGUGUUGUGUGACUUGGACGUUACGUUAUCCGAAGCUCGGUAGCUGAGGUUGCGCUGCGAUCGGUGGUAGUGUCGGCAAACAAAUCAGCACCUUUCGCAAUGGCCUCCAAAAUUGGCCUAGCCACCCUACUUUGGGCUCCGAUCCCGCAACGACCGUCGGUGUCAUCUUCAUUGGCGGGAAUGACGUGCGUACCAUCAGGCUCAUUCGGCCCCAUCCACUCAGGAGAGCUGACCAAUGUUAUUGGCCACAAACCCUUUUGCUGUCCAGGUGAUAACGAUGCUUUUACCGCUCGUAAAGCCAGGAUUGCUGUUUCCCGGCGCGACCGUGGAGAAUGAGACGCGCUGCAUUCGUAGUCGUCUAUAUGCACUCCACAAGCAAGGCUUCCGGCGCAUCGUGCUGGUAUCCAAUACACCGGUGCAAUAUGCGCCCGAAGUGGUGGCCUACGGUCCCAAUGCCACAGCCAAAGCCCAAGAAUACUCUGAAAAGAACAAUGCGCAACAAGCUGUCGUCGUGCAGGCAUUGCUAGAAAAGUUCAACUCCAACUUGCGCAGAGGAGAAGUGAGGACCACCAUUGACGUUUUCCCUGCUUACGAGCUAUUUGAUAGAGUGCACAAGUCGGGUGUAGAGUAUGGCUUCAAGGACACUACGACGCCUUGCAGUGCCUUGCCCAGCUGUGACGGUUACUUUUGGUACGACGGUGAGUUGAGAGCGUGAUGUACCGCAAUCAUGCAGAGAGGAAGCGCUGAGAUGAUGGCCUCAACUUUCCUCCUCCUCCUGGACGUUGUUCAGGUCUGCAUCCGUAUACCAGAUUCUGGCACAUCUUUGCUAGAAAAAUGACCCGCUUUGUAGUAGACGGCGCCCGUGGCCUGGAUCUGAUUCAGGGCGAUGAAGGCGUUGCUGCACCUUGACGAUCGCUCGAGCUCCAAAGCGCUUUUCACGAUUUGAUCGACGAAAUGAGAUCUAGAGUGAUGCUUUCGUUGACGCUUUGUAGCAUCAUAUUGACGACUCAGCUAGCUGGUCCCUAGGCUCUCUCUCGCGUUGGCCAGCCUCGCUGGCUGACCGCACUUUGAGCUUAGCAGCCCUGAAAUGGGAGCCGAAGACCUGCUUCUAGUGCGCUUUGUGUUUGGUUCGGAGAAUCCGCAGAGAACAAAUACAAUUAGUCAGUCGCAAGGGUGCCGAUAAUGGAGAAAGGAGUCGGAAUACGCACG